GUUUAGUAGCUGAAAGAAAGUCAACGUGAAAGACGUGAUGAGCGCGAGUGAGUUGCUGAAGGCGUAAGCACCAAAAAUAACGAUGAAUUUGUAGACAUACAUAUAUUUCACAGAAUAAAAUAGCAUUGAAUGUCCGAAUUUAUUGAAAUUUAAUGAGAAAGCUCUGAGUGAGCUCUGCUACCGUUUAACGCAAAGUACAAUCCGUGGCGUUCACAACGCAACAUAACGGUGAUCAUGCGGCGAUUGUGGCAAUUCGUUAUUUAUGCCGCAAUACUUUCUUUAUGCGAUGUUUCCAACGGCACAACAACAAAACCAUACACAGAAGCUGAAACAACAACAACAAUACCGGUUACUACAACAGCAACGAACUCAAAUGCAUUCGAAACAACAACGAUAACAACAGCAACUAAUUUAUCAGAACCAUUGCCCAUAUUGGCAGCAAAAUUGGUGCGACAGCGUCGCCAACAUCCCUACACCAUUAUACGGCAUGUGGUCCAUCCACCGAAGCGCGGCACGAAGUCACGGCGACGUCAGAAGUGGCCAAAAUACAAAUAUGGACCACCAAAUUAUAGUGUCGGUCCCCCGAUCACUUACUACAAACCAACGAAACAAUAUUUACCCGAGAUUUCAGAACCACCGAAAUAUUCGUCAAUCGACGAAUUGGAUUUGACAAAUCACUUCAAUUCCGCCGAUUAUGAUGUGCAUGCAUUAAAAGGUAAUCAUUAUGAAGAUCAAUCCAUGGAUUUGGAUUUCUACAGUAACACGGAACACACGUUUCCGCAACCGCCUAAAGUCACACAUGCAGAAUAUGGUACUUAUGAUACGGAGAAAGAGGUGCCCACCUAUUCGUAUACAUCGACCAAAACGGAGGUAAGAAAGCCAAAUUUGAAACCACACAGCUACAAAGGACCGAAGCAUCAUGGCGGCGCCUAUGAAAUGUCAAGCAGCAGCAGCGGUGAUUCGGGUUAUGAGGAUACACACUCUUUUAUACCACCCGAUAAUGUUUACGACAUGCACCCGAUGAGCAGCUACGAUACGGCUUCGCCACAGAAUGACGGCAAUUUUUAUGACUACACACCGGUCGUGACAAGUUCACAUCCGAAUACGCAUAUACCGGCCGCAAAGUAUGGUGUACCAGAUCCGAAUAUACCGGUAUUUUUUACAACACCAGCCAAACAACCUGAUUAUAACGCCCCGAAGCCAACAGCAACAGAUAGCUAUAGCAUUUAUGAUAAGAAAAUACCAAAUGCGGGUUACAACACGGUGAAAACGUCAGGUCAUACUAGCUUUGCCGAACCACCGCCGAAAACCAAUGUCGAGAUCACCUAUUCACCCUCUUAUGAGAUUACUUUACCACCAUCCAAUCAUAAGCCGCCACCAGUAGAAGAUUAUCGACCAGUACCUGGACACUUUGCUGAGCCGCCAGCAGAGCCGACGCCUUCUUUCCAUACACCCAAGGGACCGGUGUACAAACCUACAACUACAUAUCGCAUACCUGAAACACCAGCACCACCUUCAUACAGUCCACCUCCAUCACCCCCACCAUCUUAUCACCCACCUGAGUUGCAUACACCGCCCGAGUCACAUGCACCUCCAUCAUAUGAUCUACCCGAAUCACAUGAAGUUGCCUCUUAUGAAGACACCGACUUACAUGAGCCGCCAUCUUAUCAAACACCCGAAAUGCAUACACCUACAUCGUAUGAGGUGCCCGAAUCGCAUGCUCCACCUUCAUAUCAGCCUCCUGAACAACCAAUUCAUCCGCCAUCGAGUGACUUUGAAGUACCCGCGCCUCAUUCGCCGCCAGCAUACAGCGCACCCGAGUCUCCACCACCUCAACCGCCAUCUACAUAUGGCCCACCCGACCCAAACUUUUCCAGUCCAUCCGCGUCUGCGGAGUACCCACAACCUGACUACAUAUCACCUUCGAAUAAUUUGCCUAUAAAUUCUAAAUAUAUGCCGCCAGCAUAUGACUAUCCAAGAUCGAGUUAUGCAGUGCCCAUCUAUGAUCCGAUACCCUUCGAGCCAUCGAACACCGAUGAACACGAAACAUAUCCACCACACACAUUCGAGAAUCAGCACAUCGAUAAUCAUGCACAAUCGGCAUCCUCGCCUAUACCAACCGCAGAUGCGCCAGCAACCCGUCACCCUUCGAAUAAUUUCAAUACACCGUCGCCUACAAGGAUCACAAAGGGUUUCAAAGUAAAAACCAAGCGUAAGCGUCUGCGCAAUAGCACUCCAGCUGUCACCACCAAACAUAUCUUGGACGCACCCGAGCUGAAAGAGGCAUUCGAGGCAGGUCAACGUCAUAAGAACCAAUUGGCGCUCAGCCCCGACACUGUCGUCAAUGAAUCCAAUAACGUGGAGGCACAACGCCAUGACGAGCCCAACUAUUUCUUGCCCACUAUCACGCCGGAUGUGGGGAACGAUAACAGUUAUGUUAGUACCGCAUGGAAUCCCAUACGUAUACGUGCGGCAAGUACACCAACAGCAUUACCUGCCGCUACGGCAACGAAGAGUCAAACACCGCCGGUACCGGCUCCCUCUGCGGUAAGACCGAAAGAACGUCGACAAAACUCUGGUCGCCAACGACAACAACAAUCUGUGGCGCCGCCAUAUACACCAACUCACGGUGUAACGACGAGAACGCGACAAACAACAACACCGCUACACAGCGCAAGUGAGAAUAUUGCUCAGGUAACGGUAGAUAAAUCUCGUUCAUAUAGCUACUAUGGCGGCACUUCGACCAUACCGAAAACAAACGAACACAGCGCACAUCGUACACGAGCUAAUACUUACAGACAACCGACACGAGCUCCGCCUGUGACACGACAAAAUGUGCCUACGUCUACAAGAGAUGAGGCCGUGCCGCAUCGCACUACGAAAAGCGUUUUCGAAACGACUUAUUUCAAAAGCCCACGAAAUGAGCACUUGGAACGGCAUCUGGGCGCAUUUGCGCAGAAUUUGCCGAAAAACCAUAAACUAUAUUGAGUAGAAAUAUACUGAAAGGGUUUGGGUAGAAUUGUAGCAAUGGGAAAAAUGUGGUUUUGUCUAGAAUUCUAAUAUUUUCGGAAUUCUUAAAUAUUUAUGUAGGAAUACAAAUAUUAAAUUUGACUGCUCUUAACGGUACUGAUUAAGGUUGUACAUGUAAUUAUUUGUAAUAGGGCGGGGUAAAAACAAUUAACGAUGACAUUAUUAUCGCAAGAGUGUGGUAACCUCGCUCACGAGUUGUAAUUAUUUCUCUUACGACGAUGCGCACUAUACUCGGAAGUAAUAAUAAUUCAACUGUUAGAUCUGACGGUUAUAGAAAUAUCACGGAUUGUUAAGUAAUCCUUUUGUAUUUGUAAUAAUUUUAAAGCAUCGAAAGAAUAUAAUUUUUUCAAGGGUCGAGUAGUUUCGCUCCAGAACGAAAGGGUACUCCGCCAAUGAGUUAGGUUAUGUCUUUCAAUUGUAUCUGGAAACAUUACUAACGGAUGGUUUUACUUGCGAACUUUGCUAAUUGUUCAAACAAUGAUGAAGUUUAGGUUAGGUUCAAUGGCUGAUCCUCAAGAUGGGGAUCGCACUUGGACUAUAUAAAGAUGAAGAUUAAUAUACCAUAUAAAGAAUUUGUAUAUGCUUUAUCUACCAUAUUUAUAACGUAAAAUUAUUGUAAAUUAUUAUGGAAUAUAUGCAAAAAAUAAAGGUUUUGAUAAGAA